CCGGCCACCCGUGCGAGUGUACCGCUCUCUCAAGAGUAUAGCCGAAGGUUCAACUCUCUCAGGAUCUUUCACCUGUCGUCUCUCGCGUUCGCUCUCACUCCCUUUCGUUCAGUCUCUAUCGCGUCUUAACGUCGGUUCGAGCAUUCAGCAAACCGUCGUUUCGUUUCGCGCAUUCAGAAACCGUGCGGAAUCGAGCGUUUUUCUCUUUCACGAGGGUGGCUUUGUAUCUCCGCGUGUUGAUCGUCGCGUUCGGUGCUCCGGAGUGACGGAUCCCUCCCCCCCAACGAUCGCCGGCCCACGUCGCGAUCGAGCAGGACCAAGUACAAACAGGUGCGUGUCUAAAGGAAGAACGAUGCCGUCCACCAACACGUGGCGGCAACGAUAAAGCGGCGACGCUGACAAUUCAAGAUUCUGCAUGCGAGUGCCCAGAGCGGAAGUAUUCGGGCUCCUCGGUGGGGCGCUGACCUCCGAUAACAUCAUCAGGAAGGACUCGCCUUGCCCUACGACGACGCACGCAGGGCAACUGCAUUCGCCGAACGGCGACAGCGACAACAGCAACGGUAGCCAACGUGCGGUGGCUGUUAUUCGUAGCGAGGUAGAGCAGCAGCAGCAGCAGCAGCAACAACUACAUCGCCAACGACAGCAGCAACGUCAAGCGACCGCUACCGUUCCGGUUCUCGCCUGCACUAAUCAAUCGUCCAUCACCACGACUACGACCGCUCUCACAGUGGCAUCAAGCAUGCUACUUUUGCAGACACAGAGUCCCUUCGGCAAUUUCGGGGAGUUCCUGAAUAGCCCUUAUCCGGACACUACGGAUGCCGGAAGCUUGCCCGAGGAGUUGGAUCCCUUUCCGGAACUGCAACUCGGGAAUCCGCAGGGCGUGCCUCCGGUCGACGACUCUGCUCAGUCUCAGCAAAGUGUUCACCAUCAGCAGCCAUCGCAACCGCCCCCACCCCCGCCACCCCUCCCCGAAGACAUCCAAGCUGAUUCUCUUAGUCCUACGCCAUUGCCGAGCUUCCAGGAGACCUACACGGUGCAGCGAUACACCAGGCAGGAGCUCCAGGGCCUCGGCAUUAAGAUGGACGAUGAAUGCUAUGACAACCCGGUAUAUUCCUGCACCCCUCAUUACCCGACCGAGUUCUCGGCCGCGGUGCCCUAUCACGAGCAGCAGCCGCCACAACAGCACCCGCACCAUCACCCGCAGCAUCAUCAGCCGCAUCAGGCUCCGCAUCAUCAUCACAGUUACUUCCCCACGGAAUCAGCGCCCACCCCGACAACGGCGGUUGUACCGCCCAAUCAUCGGCAGGACCCAUCCUACGGGGUGGCUGUCACCAUGCCUAUGGUUUACGGGCCACCAUCAGCUAUUGCUAGCAUCGCCACUCCUGUAGUUCCUACCGAUCUCUGUCCCAACGUCGAUACCAGCGUCGUCAUUGGUACCACGCGGCCGCGAAGGGCGUCACUACCCACUCAAAGAUCAGAAUCAGCAAGUAGUGGGAGCACGGAUUCCCCGAAGCCGCGCGGCAGCGGCGGUACCGCAAGUUCCACCGUCAGUUCGCCAUCGCCCGGAAGCGGUACCAGUGGCGAACGCGCACCUCCAAGCCCGAGCCAGCUCUGCGCCGUGUGCGGCGACACCGCGGCCUGUCAGCACUACGGUGUACGCACAUGCGAGGGCUGCAAGGGCUUCUUCAAGAGGACCGUGCAAAAGGGCUCCAAAUAUGUAUGCUUGGCCGAGAAAGCUUGCCCGGUAGACAAACGCCGACGAAACCGUUGCCAGUUUUGCCGAUUCCAGAAGUGCCUGAUGGUUGGCAUGGUCAAGGAAGUCGUUAGAACAGAUUCUUUGAAAGGCCGUCGAGGUAGGCUGCCUUCAAAGCCCAAGUCACCGCAAGAAUCCCCACCGAGUCCGCCGGUCUCUUUGAUCACCGCUCUAGUUCGCGCACAUCUGGACACAACGCCGGACAAGGCAAGCCUCGAUUACUCACAGUACCGGCAACCUAGACCGGGCGACCCUCCGAUGACCGAGGCCGAGAAGAUCCAACAGUUCUACAAUCUAUUGACAACCUCGAUCGAUGUUAUCCGAAACUUUGCCGACAAAAUCCCCGGGUUCACGGAUCUAGUGCGGGAAGAUCAGGAACUGCUCUUCCAAUCGGCCAGUCUGGAACUGUUCGUGCUGAGGCUGGCGUACCGCACGAAUCCGGACGACACGAAGCUGGUCUUCUGCAACGGCGUCGUCCUCGCGCUGGAGCAAUGUCAGCGCAGCUUCGGCGAUUGGCUGCACAGCAUUCUCGACUUCUGCAAAGCUCUCCACUUCCUGGAGGUCGAUAUCAGCGCCUUCGCCUGCCUGUGCGCACUCACCCUGGUUACUGAGAGGUACGGAUUGAAGGAGCCGCAGCGCAUGGAACAGUUACAGAUGAAAAUUGUUUCGUCCUUGCGCGACCACGUGACCUAUAACGCCGAGGCGCAGAGGAAGUCGCAGUACCUGUCAUACCUACUAGGGAAGAUACCGGAGCUGAGGAGUCUCUCGGUCCAGGGCCUCCAGCGGAUCUUCUACCUCAAGCUGGAGGACCUGGUGCCGGCGCCGCCCCUGAUCGAGACGAUGUUUGUCGGCAGUUUGCCCUUCUAAACCAAGCCGAGCAGUCUCGCCAGCACAUAGAACAAUUACUUUCUCCGACCCAUGCGGUUGCGUUAUCUUCGUUCUAAUUGCAUCCUUCUUAGUUUGUAUUACACGUAGCUUUACUCUCUUCUUACGUGUAACCUCGCGCGAUCCCGCGGGUACGUUCGGUUCUCGACGUCCUGAUCGGACAUCCUCUCGCGUCUCGCGAAGGAUAUCCUGAAAAGGGCUCGUCGAGCGGGAGGAGCGAGGGAGAGCCAUUACUGGUCGUACGAGCGAGCGCGGACGGAAACUGUCCGCGCGAACGCGAACGCUAAACUUAAGGGAAAGUUUGUUGUACGUAUGUAUGAGCGAGUGAAUGUGCAUAUAUGUGAAUGCAAGCGGACGUAUGCAUCAUGCGCGAACGUAAGUGUACAGAAUGUCUUGACGUAGGUCUCUGCAUGCGUGACGUGUCGGGUGGCGGGUGUCACACAUCGCCGUUACACUAUUAGUAGUAAGUGCACUACUACAGUUGCCGUUGUCGUUGUGCUGCUGCUGCUACUGCUGCUGCUAUGGAUGGAGGCGCGAGCGAAUGACAGACCCGGGCGGAAAAAGAAAGCGGGCGCGAGGCGGGCUGCGGCGAUUUCGCUAUUCUCCCUUCUAGCUGUAGUAGAUUUCGUGCGGAUUUGGGUGGACAGGAGAGUAAUCCCUCUUUCUCUCCUCGCAAGAAGGCUCUCCGCACGAGUUUUUCUCACUUUUCUACCUAGUUUGUACGAGGCUCUCCGUGCUCGCGCUCGGCUCGCCUCGUCGCUCCCACGAUUCAUACGCGCGCGACCCGCCACUUCUUGGACACGUGUAAUAUCUUCGGCAAUACCUUGCCCGUCGCGGGGGAAACGCAUCGGCGAUUCGCAACAUAUCAGAGCAACGGCGGGAAGGGCGGACGACGCCCGUCCGUCUUGACAGUAGACGUAGGAUGUGACUGUCGGUCGCGCUCUCGACGGCCGGACGAUGCCGAGUGCAGAUGCAUCGGUUGCUUGUUCGAAUGCAUGACAAGAAUCGAUAUAAUUCUAUGUUACAUAUAUCAAGUUAAGUAUAUUCUUUUACUUGUUCUUUGUCAUUUUAUAUUGUCGACAUAUCUGUUCCGAUGACAUGCGCUUUGCGUUCUCGAAGUUAAAUAUGAUUGAAGGCAAUGAGGAAUAUCGAAAUGAGAAAUUCGCUGGUGGAAAUUGAGAUAUAAGCGAAAAUUGUGAGUUCACGUGCAUUUAAAAGCUGCAACGGGUUGCAAUAUGCGUCCCUCGGGUAUCUAUGCUAAUGGAAAAUGAAUUUAGGAGUGGCACAAUUAUUUUAUGAGUUUAUGGUAAAAUGUAGGAAAGUUGAGAAUCAUUCGACUAGAUGUAUCUCAAUCGUAGUAUUUUUAUAUACACUUUUUACAUGUUUUAGAUACGUUUUAAUAAUGUUAUUAAAAAUUUAAGUAUUCCAGAUCUCCAGUUAUCUCAAAUCGUAAGUGUUUACCAGAUAUUUUUGCAGAUAUUUUAAAUUAUGUACACCCAAAAAUAAUUUCAAGUAUCCUCGUUAAAAGCGAUCGAUUAGAAAUUAUCAAGUAGAAAGAGUUAGCACAUUCUUUAUUCUAAUUGUUCUAUAUUCUGAUGUCGAGAACGGAAUACCGCAUAUAUAAAUCGAUUUCAGUUUUCAGUGCCUCGCAACGCAUUUUAGACAUUUUUACCAUGGGACCUUCGUAGAUUCCACGUGUCCCGCGAUUCGUAGAGUUCUUUUUUUCUCUUACGAUAACGCACUCGCAAACGAACUCGGCAUUGCCAAUGCCGUCGUUCGAGCGCCGUCCGAAGCGCAUGGUCGAUAUCGAUCGACUCUUUACCACUACUCUUGCGUUUAUGUGAUUUUAGAGAGUUAAGGCGAACAACCACGGGCCCGUCUCGUUUGGGAAACCGAGACAAGUUGAAUUGCAGGACGGCACGGCACGGCGAGACGGGCCCGGCUUAAAGUUACCUAUUACGUUAUGACAUUUACUUUUUUAAUCAAACUAACGUAGAGUGUCCUAUUUAUAUACGUAUAACGCGCCGCUACUACUACUUAACUACUACAACCUACAACUACUACUUUACUAUACCGUUAUACUUACUACUACUCAUUGAUAGCGUUACUACUCUAUGGCGUUACUACCACUACUACCACUGUUACCAGCGCUCUACCUUUACUACCACCUUGUGUUACCAUUGUCUCGCUACAGUAAGCUUCGCCGUCGUUGUCGUCGUCGUCGUUAAAAAUGCCCCUCGUCGCACCAGUAUCCUACGAUCGACGCGAUAGACGGCAGAGGAUGCUGAUCGAGGCUCUCAAACAGGCGUCCUCGCCGCCAGGAUUACCGCAGUCGACAUGCAUCUCUGUUUUUGAUGUAUAUCUUGAUAUUUUAUCCACGUUCAAGUACCAUAAGAUAAAGUAAGAUUACACAUCGGGAAAUAACUUCGCUUUGGAGCGAAAAGGGAUUUCACGAUUAUUUUUCACCUAUAAUGUUGAAUAUAUUUAAAUAUAUUUAAAUAUAAAAAGUUUAAAGUACUUCUUCAUUCGAUUUCGCCUUUUAUCUUAAUUAAAGACAUUAUUAUAUAUUAUUAUUAAAAUUUUCUAUUAUUUUGUUAUUAUUAAAGUUAGUAAAUUUUUUUGUAUCUUUUUUGUAGCUUUUAAGAUUUCUGUUAUAAUUAUAGCUUUUAUUUACCGAGAGAGAUAACGUCCAUGAAAGUAAUAGUAAGCUUUAGACUCAACCGCUAUGUGGUUGCUUCAGUUAAUUAUCUUCUUAGACUACGUUAGAUAAUCCUGAGAUCUAUUUUUGUUCAGGCGCAGUUACCUUUGCCUGUGUAAUCUUACGAUAACCACCAUCGCCAUCGCAACGCGAUCCGAGCUUCGUAACACGACAGAUCAGGCAUUGUCCUUAUUACCGCGGUUCACACACACAUACAUACAUCCACACAUACACACACACAUACAUAAAAGAAGACCACAUUAAUUACCUGUACGUGCACAAUAGAUAUGAUAAUUACAUGUGUAUAUGUUAAUCUAAAGUCGUGUGUAUCCGCAAAUGUUCGACACUUCGCAGACGUGGCGGAAUCAAUACCUGGAUUCGAAUUCGCCUUUUACUUAGCUCUCUGCGAUUGUGGUUCCUCGUAUUUAAAUGUCUUCUGUAGAUUUUGUUUAGCGACAUCGUUCGCGUGAUGUUCUCAAUUUGCGAUACACGAUACAGUGCACGGAAGAACUAAUAAUAAGAAGUAAUCAAAUAUUCGCGUUCGAUUUCUGUCGCUGGAAACGGACCCGGUUUCACCUUCAUUCAACUGUUCCGAUUCCGAAAGUUUUUGCGAUACUUCGGAAAACUUUUCUCAAUUCCCUUGUUGCUAACAAAUUUAAUGCUUUGCGGUCUGAAAAAUAUAACCAUUGUGCGUCAAGAUAAAUCUAGAUUAGCCAAAAAUUAAUCAGGAAAUUAAAGAAAAUGAUUUUGUUUUUUAAUGUAACUUUGUACUCUUCAUAAAUGCGAUCAGCGUAUAAUAAUAACUAUGACCAAUAAUAUUUAAUUGUCGAGUGCAAAUCCAUUAAAAUAAUUUUGGCCGUAAAGGAUUAAUUAGCAAUUGUGGUGCUUGUUAAUAAAUAUUAUACAGGAACGGUGUCCUGUGAAAAUCCAAAGUUCGCCAUAUGAUAACUAUUUGUGACGAAAAAUUGAAGAUCUGUCUUUUAACUUAAAAAAUGUUAAAUAUUUGUCUGUUUAUGGUAAUAUAUUCGUGAUAAUGUAUUGGAAAACAAUAUUCAGUGUACCUUAUAUAAAUUGCAAUGUAAUAAUAAUAUAUUUAUCACACAUAGCGAACGCAAUGGACAUCGUUGCUAUUCUGGCAGAUAUAGACGAAAUAACUUUUAUAUCGCAUGUGUAUGUGUCACGCGUUUAUUGAUCACUAUGCUAUGAUUUAAAUAAUCAAUCUCAAUGCUCUAAUUACUCUUUUUACGAAGGAAAAAAUCAAUUCCGUUUCCAGCGGGCGUAAAAUCCGUUAUCGACACGAAAAAUACUAAACGCGCAAUGGACGACAUAUCAAGUUCUUCCCCCUUAAAAAAAUUGCCAUGUAAAAACGUUUUCUCCGUGUACCGAAUGAUUAUUCAUUAAUAUGAUUCAUUACACGUCCACGUUUGCGGAUGGAUACGCGUGCAAGUGUUCAAAAGACAAAAUGCCCGGUAAGAAUGCAAGGUAAACAGGAUCCGAGGGUAUAAAGGCUUUGAGAGCGACCCUUGCGAUCGAAAUUAAGAUAACGCAUGCGAGAGCGUCGGAUUCUGCUCCUGUUCGAAGGCAUAAAUUUCGGAAGAGCUUGUUCUCGCUGGUGAAAAACUAAUUCGCGCCACGAAAUCGAUAGCAAUAAUAUAAGGAGGUUCUUUACGAUAUCAGACUGAUGCCAAUGGAUUCCGUCAGGAUAUUUUGUAAAGAGAGGAGUAAGGUGUUUAUGAGCUAUCGAUUGAAGAAUGUUAGAGAUACAAAAUCUUGCCUUUUUAGAAUUUUCUAAAAGUGGACACUUUUUGAGAAGCCUCUUUAGCUAUGAGAGAUCGUAAUACAAAUAUUUCUAGGCAUAUAGAAACAGUAUAUUAAUCGUUGAGCUUUGAAAUAUUUACAGAAUAACGUCUCCGUAAAUGUAAAUGUUUCCUUCCGUCCGUUGCGAGGAUAAGUAUUUGAUACGAGCUAGGGCGAAUUGUGAGAGAAAAUCCCAGGAGAUAAAAAUAACUAGAAAAAAAAGAAAGAUAAUUUUGUAUUAAAAUGAUAAUAAAAUCAGGUAACACAUUGGCAUCGAUCUGCGGCAAUACAUAAUUGACACGGAAAUAAUUUUUUACAUUUGUAAGAAAUGACUUUGGCGUAGGAAUUGGAAUCCUCGAGAACGAGCGCUUUUUGCCUGAUAUUCGCCUUAUCUUCUCCUCAUAUCAGUCUUCAUCUUUAGAUGGAACAUGUAGAAAUCUUCGAACACAUAGAAAUCGACUUUCUCGCCCGUGCAAAUAGCGUUGAGUCCAGAGGUGAUUUCGGGAGAGGAGUUAUCGGUCGAUAGAUCGGUAGACAGAUCGAGAUCGGAAUUUCGCAAAGGGCUCGAAUAGAACGAAGGAAACCCCGACGAGUUUACGGCCUCCGUUAUACGGAAGAUGGGGUUUCGCGGGGGGGGGGGGUGCAACGUAUUUUUGUUCCUAUAUAUCUUGUCUUAACGAGAGUCCGCGCGAGGCUGAUGUCUUCCGCUCCUGAUCGACGGAAAAUCGUCCCUGGACCCAGCGCUGCGGCGAAUUAUUUUUUAUGAGAAAUUGUCAUAAAGUGAACAGGCGAGAAAGGAGCAAACACGAGAAAGAGAGGAGCAGGGAUAGGAGGGCAAAAUCGGAUCGUUCGGGCGUGAACAGUAAAGAGAUCGUCCUCGACGACGAAAUCGUACGAGAUUCGUUCCGACAUUGUUGUUUAAAUCAAUUUAUCUGUCAUUAUUGUAACGAAAUAACAGUCAAUUCCGUUAGGUGUAAAUCUCUAUCCCUUUUUCCCCGUUUCAUCGAUGUGUAUGCAAUAAAUGUUCGAUCAACAGAUUAUUUAAAUAUAUCUUCGAAAUUUUGUUAAUAAAUUAUUUUCUCGAUUGA